CAUCAUCCAUAUUCUCAAAUCUCACAUAUAAAUUUUACAGUUUUGUGUGUUUACUCUGAUUGAAUAUGCUUGCAAUGGAGAACAGAAGAGGGGGAAGAGGUGGAGGAUAUGCCGGUGGUGGUAGUAGAGGAAGAGGUGGCUGUCAUCAUCAACAACAACAUAUUCUCAUCAGCAGCAACGCCGUAAGCGCAGCCAGCAAUGGACGAGCGGUUGCAGCGGCGGCGUCCACCAACACUGUGAGCAUAAUCACCAGCAACACAGCCAGAAGGCGGCGAAGUGGGGAUUCGACGACCCAGGUACAGGCUGUGAGCUCUUCAGUCUGUUCAAGUGCGGCUAGUCGGGGAGGUGGCCAUGGUAGGGGAAAGAGUGGACCCCCCAAAGAGAGGAAACCUGCAGCUACCUCUGCUCCGGUCGUUCACCGCCAGACACCUUCUUCUUCCUCUGGCCAUAGCACGGAAACGAUGAAGAAGAUUGUCAAUGUGAAGAAGAUUGUCAGCGUGAAGAAGAUUGUGCAAAAACGCUAGGAUGCAGGUUCAACCUCCUUUUCUAGAGUUUAGUAAAGGAGUUUGUGCGUGAAUCUAAAAAGGGUUUUUGUGUCGACAAGUAAUGGUUUGACAAUUAUCCUGAGCAGAUUUACCAAGGAAACCUUUUGUCAUCAGUGUCAUCUUCUUCGAGGAAGACUUUUACCGUUUUUCAAAAUUUGCGUGGAUUCAGAUCCUAUCUCCUUUUUAGCAGUCUAGUAAAAUCGUUUGUGAGUUAUUCAGUCUUGAAAUUAGUAUUUGGUGUAAACAUGUUAUGUUUGUUAAUUUGGUACUUUAUUUAGGCUUUCUCAGUUUGGGUGGCAAGUUAUGCUUUUGUUGGAUGUGUAUUUGAAGGUUGUUUGUUUAUUUAGACGUUGUGUUUUAUGUUAUUUUUUCUGAAAUGGUUUGGCUGUUUGUUUGUUAUUUUAAAUUUUAAAUGUUCUAUGAACUUGAUAGUUUUACGCUUA